UGUGAACUCAGCGGUCGGCUCUCACAGUGUUCUUCUGGUCAGCUGAAAAAACCAAAAGCCUCAUCCCUCCAUAGAGUUAGGGUUUAACCACUCUCAACACUCCCUCUCUCGUCUCUGUUUCGGUGACCUCCGUCAUGGCGAAACCAGGCCGAGGCCGACCGGCGGCAUCGCCGGGCUCUGCUUCCGGCUCCUCCUCCCGCUCGCGCUCUAAUUCUCGUUCUCCCUCUCGUUCAAGAUCUCGUUCUCGCUCCCGCUCAUAUUCCGGCUCCGACUCUCGCUCUAGCUCGCGGUCGCGUUCUCCAUCUCGGUCCCGUUCUCGCUCUCGCUCCAAGUCUUCACCCUCCUCUUCAUCUUCUUCUCCUCGUAGCGGUAGCUCCCGCAGUCCUAGUCCCCCAGUCCAGAGGAGGAGCCCUGGUGAAGGAGCCAAGCGUGUUCGGUCCCCACCUCGACAGUCUAAGAAAGUCUCGCCACCUCCGAGGAAAUCUUCUCCUAUUCCUGAGUCUCUGGAGCUUUGUGUUGAUCAGCUCAGCAGGAAUGUCAAUGAAAACCACCUGAAAGAAAUAUUUGGUAAUUUUGGUGAAGUCGUGCGAGUGAGAUUGGCCAUGGAUCCUGCUGUCAACCUACCAAAAGGAAUAGGAUAUGUUGAGUUUAAAAGUAGAGCUGAUGCUGAGAAAGCCUUGUUAUACAUGGAUGGGGCCCAAAUUGAUGGGAAAGUUGUUCAUGCCAAAUUCACUUUACCUGAGAGGAAAAAGGCUUCUUCGCCUCCUCCUAAGGGUGUUGCUUCUACUUCAAGGAGAGACGUUUCGAAAACUGAAAAUGUUGGAGCUGAGGGAGACGAAGACGGGCCAAAACGUCUGAGAGAAGGAUCUCCCCGUCGCAAACCUCCAUCCCCACGGAGGAGGUCUCCCGUGGGGCGACGAGGGCCUCUAAGGCGUGAAAUUGAUUCUCCUCCUCGUCGACGCAUAGACUCCCCUGUUCGCCGAAGAGGUGAUUCACCACCACCACCAAGGAGACGACCUGCAUCUCCUUCCCGAGUUCGAUCACCACCUUCACCUCAAAGACGAUACCGCUCACCUCCUAGGUCCUCUCCUAGAAGGAUCCGUGGCAGCCCUAACCGUAGACGUUCUCCACCUCCUCCAAGACGACGGUAAGUUUAAAUAUAGGAUCACUUAGAUCAUUUCUCUUUGAAUUUGUUGCCGUUAAGAUGCAUUUCUUUAGCACUGGAGUAGUAGCAAACAAUUUGCAAUGAUCAUUUUAUUUGCCAUUGAAGUUUGUAUCAGUUUUGGCUGUAAUGUUGCUGGAACCUAUUAAUAUGAUAUAAAAUGCAACGGAAGUGAAGGCAAUAUAAAUAGGGCUGUAAAUUUAUGUCUCUUGGUAAAAUCAACGGAAAACUGGAUUGUUGUGUAUCUUAGAAAAAAACUAAGCGAAGACAACAUAUACAAAGAAAAUAUGGAUUGUGGUUCAUCCUAGAAAAAACUGAUAGCCUGUUUUGGUGGUCCAUUCGUGGUAGUCUUUAUUGUUGGUUUGACCUAGUAGCAGGCUCAUUCCGUGUUUAACAAAAGUUUGUGCAACUAGCUAACCUCUUUUGUUUUAGCAUUUGUUAUUAGUAGCCUCCUCACACUUGUUUUCUCGUCACCAGUUCUCCUCCACGUCGACUUCGUAGUCCUCCUAGACGUUCUCCAAUUGGUCGUAGGCGCAGCCGUUCUCCCAUUCGGAGGCCUGCUCGGUCACGUUCAAGAUCCUUGUCCCCAAGGAGGUGAAUUCUACAUUUAUUAUUCUUUGUUUUAUGUUGUUUUGCCUUUUGAAAUAUCCUGACGCACGUUUCAAUUUAUUCCCACAUCUCUUAACAGAGGCCGUGCACCUGCGGGACGGCGCGGGAGAUCAUCAUCCUACUCUUCAUCUCCCAGUCCACGAAAAGUAUGUAUAUCCCAGGUUUUUGCUGAAAAUAAUUUGUGAUGUUGAUUUUGUCUAAACUUGUGUUGCUUGAUUCUCUCAGGCACCGAGGAGAGCAUCUAGGAGCCGUAGCCCAAGAAGGUAAGAUUGGUUAUUUGGGUUGAGGAUUAAGGCCUUAUUUGCUCAUUUUCAGGCCUUUAAGAGGCUGAUUGGUUAACUUGUGUUGGUAACAAAUUCUUUUAUCUCAGUACCUUGUGCAUGGCUGAAAGAGAUAUUCAUAUAAGAUGACCCCGGUUAUUUCUUAUUUGCUCAUUUUCAGGCCUUUAAGAGGUAGAAGCUCAAGCAAUAGCAGUGCAUCAAGUGGUUCGCCAGUUCGGAAGCCGUGAAGUCUGCAAUCUUUCCUUCGCCAUUAGUGGUUUCAAGACUAAUUGAUUGUGAUUACUAUCCUUUCCUUCCAGUGUAUCUAGCUAAAUGUCACUCCUGAAACUGUCAUGUUACGGAGGAAUUUUCAGCCUAACCCUUUUAUAGAGCUAAAAACUCUAGUAGAUCGUUUAUUGUAAAGAUUUUUUUUUUCAAUUAAAAUAAUUCGUGUUUUUGGGUAUGUUUGCAUCUGAAUGAAAAAACAUUGCCAUUAUCAAUUUGAAUCCCUGAUUUGGAUUUGCUA